AUGCGCUUCUCCACAGCCGCCCUGCUGGCGCUGCCGGUACUUGCAUCGGCCGCCGAGAGCCCAUUCGAGCAGUACAAGGCCAAGUUCCAAAACUUCCUCAGCAACUUUGGCGCGGCGGCUCCCAGUGCCGACAAGGCCGAUGCGCCAGCAGCCGCCGUCACCAGCGCCACGGGCAAGGCCAAGACCAAGAAGGUGGUAGAACCCAAGAAGAUCUCAACACUCACACUUGAGAACUGGAAGGACACGUUGUACGAGCCCGUCCAGCCCGACGCGACGAACCCGGAGGAGUGGCUAGUGCUGCUGACUGGGCGGAACAAGACAUGCUUCGGUCGAUGCGGCAGAGUCGAGUCAGCCUUCACCGAGUCGGCCCUCCCCUUCGCGGCGCUGCCGGCAUCACAACAGUCACCGCACCUCGCGAUCCUCAACUGCGAAGACCAGCCGGUGCUGUGCAACAGCUGGGCGGCCAACACGGGCGGGCUGUGGCUCUUUGAGAUGCUCCCGGCCCCGGCCCCCAUCGAGGUCCUGACCAAGCGCCUCAACCUGACGACCGUCACCACCCAGGACGUCCUCGACGGGUACGCGUCUACGGAGCGCGGCGAGUCCGAGACCAGCUGGAAGGUCGUCGCCCAAGACGGCUACUUCCACCCGUUUGAGGGCAAGUUCGCCAAGCUCGGCGUGGCCGUGCCCAUAGGCUAUGUACUCUGGGCACUGAACGCCAUCCCCUCGUGGGGCAUGAUGCUUAUCGUGUCGUUCCUUAGCAGGGCUAUGAUGAACCGCCGUAUGGAUGGUAUGGGUGGUGGCCAGCCGGCUGCCGGUGCUCCUGCCGCUGCACCGCGCGCUGCCCCUCCCGGCGACGGCCGCUCUUAA